UCCAACUCUCCUUAGACCCGUUCACCCUUCAACAAACACUUAAACAGAAAACCCCCCUAAAUCUUUCUCAUGUCAACCUUUUCUCUUCGCAAUGCCCUCCCUUCAUUUUCUGCUUCCCCUUCUUUCCCUUCUCUCUCUUCUCCCCCUCUCCCUCGCUCAGUCCCCACGAGGUACUUUUAUUGAUUGCGGUGCCCUGGUGGGAUCCACAAUUAACGGAAUCGAAUGGCUUCCCGACACCGGUUACGUCUCGAGUGGGACUCCCAAGAACAUCACGACUACCGUCACGGUAGAAACUCUCUCCACAGUCCGAUCAUUUCCGAACAAGCUUCACUGCAAAUUCUGUUAUGAAGUUCCCGUGUUUCGCGGGGCGAGGUACAUGGUCAGGACCACGUACUACUAUGGAGAGGUCAAUGGCAGGGAUUCUCCCCCGGUGUUCGAUCAGAUGGUGGAUGGGACUUUCUGGAGCGUGGUCAAUACGACUGCGGAAUAUGAGCAAGGCUUGUCGUCGUAUUACGAGGGAGUCUUUUUGGCUCAACGGAAGAGUAUGAGUUUGUGUAUCGGAUCAAAUAAUCAUACGGAUUCUAACCCGUUUAUUUCAGCUUUGGAGUUUGUGAUUCUGGAAGAUUCGGUUUAUAACGCCACGGAUUUUAACAAGUAUGCGCUCAGUUUGGUUUCCAGGCAUAGCUUUGGAUACAAUGGAACAGACAACAUCAAAUAUCCUGAUGACAAAUUUGAUCGAUAUUGGGAGCCAUUUGGAGACAAUGCCCAUAUGGUAGCUGGAAACAAAAAUGUAUCUGUUUCUGGUUUCUGGAAUCUUCCACCUAAGAAAAUAUUUGAAACUGCAUUGGCAACUGGCCCAAAAAAACACAUGGAAUUGAUAUGGCCUCCAGUGUUACUUACAAAUUCCAGAUACUACAUUGCGCUAUAUUUUGCUGAUAAUCCUGAUUCUUCCUCACUUGGGGGCUCAAGGAUGUUUGACAUUAUUAUAAAUCAUGUACCGUACUACAGAAACCUGAGUGUGAAACCAGAUGGUGCUGUUAUCUUUGCUAAACAGUGGCCUCUUAAGGGUGCCACUAAUAUUACUUUGAUUCCUGUUGCUGGUUCAAACAAAGGUCCUCUAAUCAAUGGUGGGGAGAUCUUUCAUCUGUUGGACCUUGGAGGGAGAACUCUCACACGAGAUGUAAUAGCAUUAGAAAAGUUUAAGAAGAGCCUCCAGAACCCUCCACUUGAUUGGAAUGGUGAUCCUUGUUUGCCCCAUCUAUAUUCGUGGACUGGAAUUACAUGCUCUUAUGGCCGCCGAAUUCGUGUAGUUACCUUAAAUUUGACAAAUAUGGGUCUGUCAGGAACAUUGUCACCCAAUAUUUCCAGAUUGUCAGCACUGAAUGGCAUCUUGCUUGGAAACAACAACUUGUCUGGAACAAUUCCUGAUCUCAGUUCCUUAACGAGGCUGGGGAAGUUGCAUUUGGAAGACAAUCGAUUCAGUGGAGAGAUUCCAAAAUCCCUUGGAAACAUUUCAGGCUUGCGUGAACUAUUCCUACAAAACAAUAAUUUGACUGGUCAAAUUCCAAGUAGCCUCCUUAGAAAAGCUGGAUUAAACCUUCAGACUUCUCCUGGAAAUCAACUUUCUUCUCCACCACCAUAUUGAGCAAAUGACUACAUUCGGUAUGAAGGUGACAGCACUGUAUUUAUCACGGAACUUGAUUUCAGCCACUUCUGUGAAUCUAUAUUAACUACAUAAAUAGCCCCGGCCAUAACAUUUGGUUUUGAAAAUUUUGAUUACUUAGCUUCAAUGAGGAAUUUAAAUUCUCAUACUUAGCUUUCUCUAGUUUAACCAUGUAAAAGCUCGUGAAUGCAAUUUGGAGCCUCCAUAAUUGUGUACUUGUAAUUGUUGUCCAUAUGCAGUCAGUCUGGAAUUUUUUUUU